AUGGCCUCGAAGGACGACGUCAAGUUCCUCGCCGUCGCGCGGGUCGCCCACAAGAGCAUCAUUAGCAACCACGUGCACACCAAGGGCGGCAAGAAGGACGGCGCGCGCUUCGCCGACGUCGCGGCCAAGGUCCUCUCGUCGCCGACGUGGGCGAAAGAGGUGUCGCCCAACAGCCGCCACGCGCUCGCGUUUGAUGGCCUCAAGCUCCACUUUAUGCUCGACAGCGGAAACUUUGUGUACUUUGCUGUCACAGCGGGCGACUACCCGAUCCGCAUCGCGCACCAAAUGAUCAACGACAUGGAGACGCAGUUUGUCGCGUC